AUGUCACUUCGUUUUCACAACCUGUGCCAUAAUAAGCCAUUACAAAUAAUAUCCACAACAAACCUAAUACUACAACGACGAAUAUUCAAAACUUUCACAAAACGUCAUAUUAAUUAUAAUAAUAAUUAUAAAUAUCUUUUAAGAACAAAAUGGACUCCGUUCUUGAAUAAUAACCCACCAAACCCUCAGAAAUACUUUAUCAAUAUCAACAGUAAUCAUAAAAGAUAUUUUAACAAUAUUUCCAUCAUUAAUGAGACUGAUGAUGAUGGUACUGGAGGAACAAAAGUUAGUAAUGGUGGCUUACUAUUAAAAAAACAACCAAUACCCGAGGACAUGUCGAUAUACCCUCCUCGACCACCUAUAGUCACGAUAAUGGGACACGUGGAUCACGGAAAGACCACGUUACUGGAUACGUUACGGAAGUCGUCUGUGGCUGCUGGCGAAGCUGGUGGUAUCACGCAGCAUAUUGGUGCUUUUUCAGUUGAACUACCUUCAAAACAAACAAUCACAUUUCUCGAUACACCGGGACACGCAGCAUUCUCCGCGAUGCGUGCUCGUGGUGCUCAUGUGACUGAUAUUGUCGUGUUGGUGGUGGCCGCCGAUGAUGGUGUUAUGCCACAAACACUUGAGGCGAUCCAGCAUGCUAAAGAUGCUAAAGUACCGAUGGUUGUGGCGAUCAAUAAAAUUGAUAGACAUAAUGCUAAUACGCGUAAAGUUUGCGAAUCAUUAUUGUCAUACGGCGUUGACCUUGAAGAAUUCGGUGGCGAAACACAAGCAGUCCAAGGAUUAGGUCUUGAUCAAUUAGAAGAUGCGGUUAUUGUUCUUGCCGAGUUGAUGGAUUUGCGUGCAGAGGUCGAUAUUGGCGCGGAGGGUGUUGUUAUUGAAUCACAGAUUGAGAAAGGAAGAGGGUGGCGUGGGACACUAAAAGUUGGUAAUGUUGUUGUAGGCGGCACGGCCUGGUGCAGAGUUCGAUCAAUGAUCGAUGAUAAAGGUCGUACGUUAAAAAAAGCAUUACCGGGUACGCCUGUUCGUGUAAUAGGAUGGAAAGAUUUACCACAGGCUGGUGAUGAAGAUAUUGCAAAAGAAGAAGUACAACUUCGCCAAUUGCAACUAGAACAGAAAUUACUGUUAAACGAUGAAAAAAUAAUCUCGGAAAAACGGCGACUCCAAAAAGAAGAAUUGCUCGAAAAACGAAAACAUGAACCUGAUGUCAGCGGUACAACGGAAGCGGUUGUUGAUGCUUUGGAAAAAGUAGGGAACGAAGAGGUCCGAAUUAAUAUCGUCCAUUAUGGAGUUGGAAAUAUAACAGAUUCUGAUAUACAAAUGGCAUCGACUGUUGAAGCAACAAUACUAGGAUUCAGUGUAAAAGCCGACAAAAAAGUACAAAACGCGGCAAAACAAGCAAACGUAGAGAUCAUCACAUACAAUGUAAUUUACAAAUUACUAGACGAGGUAAAAUCACGGAUGAGCAAAUUACUACCGCCGAUUCUCGAGACACAGGUAACGGGUGAAGCGACGAUUCUUCAAGUUUUUGAGUUGUCGGGGAAGGGAAAAGAAGUUAAACCUGUGGCGGGGUGUAGAGUUGAAUCGGGGCGUGUGGUGAAGAAUCAAAAAUGUCGUAUUAUGAGAGGCGAAAGGAUUAUUUGGGAAGGAAAACAUCGCCGAAGCAACAAAAGGCGUCGAAUGUGGAAUGUCAUUCGAUGGAUUUACGCAGUUCAAGACUGGUGA